AUGCUCUUUCAUGUUGUUAAAGGUGUGAGAGUCCUCGUAGAUGCCAGAGAGAAACUUCAUAUCCCUUGGGGAGAUCCUGCUAACCAGAGUAAUGGAGAUACGAUGAUGGCUUUUGAUACUCGGUCAGUCAUGGUGGUGCAAGGCAUGGUGGAGACGUCAGUUUUUUUGCAGUACCUUCCAGCCAUAAGAGCUCUCUGGGCGGAUAGUGGCAUCCAGCACGCGUACGACAGGCGCAGAGAAUUCCAGCUGGGGGAAUCUGUGAAGUAUUUCUUGGACAACUUGGAUAAACUUGGAGAACAAGAUUAUCUUCCCUCACAGCAAGAUAUACUGCUGGCACGAAGACCCACAAAAGGGAUUCAUGAGUACGACUUUGAAAUAAAAAAUGUUCCUUUCAAAAUGGUUGAUGUAGGUGGCCAAAGGUCAGAACGGAAACGUUGGUUCGAAUGCUUCGACAGUGUCACGUCAAUACUCUUCCUUGUUUCCUCGAGUGAAUUUGACCAAGUGCUUAUGGAGGAUCGGCAAACGAAUCGCCUUACGGAAUCCCUGAACAUUUUUGAAACAAUAGUCAAUAACCGGGUUUUCAGCAAUGUCUCAAUCAUUCUCUUCUUAAAUAAGACGGACUUGCUUGAGGAAAAAGUACAAAAAGUGAGCAUCAAAGACUAUUUUCCAGAGUUUGAAGGGGAUCCCCACUGCUUAACAGAUGUCCAAAAAUUCCUGGUGGAUUGUUUUCGUACUAAACGCCGGGACCAGCAGCAGAAGCCCCUCUACCACCACUUCACCACUGCUAUUAACACAGAAAACAUCCGGCUAGUUUUCCGUGAUGUCAAGGAUACCAUCCUUCACGACAACCUCAAGCAGCUUAUGUUACAGUGAUGUGCAAAAAGACAUUUUUAUUUGAGUAAUUUUUGUGUGUGUUUUUUUUUUUAACUAGAAGUUUACAGCAGGAGUAGAGAAAUCCAGAUCCUGUCAGACUUCUUGAUAAUGUGGCUAAAAGCUGCUGCUGAACACAUUAUUGCCAAUUUCUGCAGAAAUUCAGGCUUAAUCUCUUCCAGUGUAGCUUCAAGUUGACUCAAGUUGUAAUUUCAUAGCAGACCUAUGUCUAAGUUACCUGUAAAGUGAUAAAUUUGACCUUUUAAGAAUGUGUAUAUUAUCCUAGAAAGUUCAUUCCACCUUCAGAAUUCCAAGUCCAAACUUCAGUUAAAUGGUUGCAAUUGUUAGACUGUGGCGGUAAUUUAAGGGGGGAGAAGCUUUUCACAUCUAACUUCAUUAUGAAGACUGUGAUACUAUAGCUGACAUGAUUUCUCAGGUCUGUUGUUGGUUAGAAAUCCCAUAAAUCCCUUGCUGGCAUCAUCUGCUUGAAGCUAGGGUUCCUGGGUGUAACGUACUUCCUGUUUAAGUAUAAAUCUUUGCAUGGGGUUUGACUAGGCGAUGCUUCAAAAAUACUUAGAUUGGGAGCUUCAGACGUCUCUGGCAGGAAGUACUACCGCAGGCAGAAGCCUAGCGACGAGGAAUUAGUGAAUGGCACAGUACACGGUUUCACGCUAUUGCAUUGUACGUACGUCUUAGAGCCAUGGCAAAGCACAGAGCACUAUGAUACGGUCCUCUUGAAAUUCUGAUGUGGGAAGGGGGAGCAAGCUAAACUUGUAUUUCUUAUCUUCACUAACC